GCGCAUGCGCAGGGCGUCCUGCUUGGGACACAAUGCUGCUGUCAUGAUGGCCAGCUCUAACGUUGGACUAGGCAUGAGGAAAAGGUGGUGGCAGUGAGGCAGCCCGUAUGGAUGCUCUAAGCUCCGGGAAUCCCCACUGCACCUUCGCCUUAUCCAGAGGUUCCUUUAGAUUUUGUUUUUUUCUUUUGCCGCAAAGUAUCCGGACACUGACCCCCCUUGCAGCAUGCUGACUCAGCAGCCAUCCCAGCGCACUGACAUCCAGGCUGCAGACUCUACGGGUUCAUUUAAUAAAAGAAGGCGAAAUUCCAUUUUUGUAACUGUAACGCUCCUCAUCGUAUCUUCAUUAAUUUUUACCCUUGGCCUGGCCGCAACAACUAGAACAGAAAAUGUGACAGUGGGAGGCUACUAUCCAGGGGUUAUUCUCGGGUUCGGGUCCAUACUUGGGAUUAUUGGAUCCAAUCUGAUAGAAAACAAGAGACAAAUGCUUGUUGCCUCCAUAGUUUUUAUCAGUUUUGGGGUGAUUGCCGCUUUUUGUUGUGCGAUUGUGGAUGGUGUUUUUGCUGCCAGGCAUCUAGAUCUCAGACCACUGUAUGCUGGGAAAUGCCGGUAUUUUUCCACUACACAUAACGAUCAUACUACAGAGGUGACAUGCCAGCAGCCUAUGCGCAGUCCUUGUGCCCUUAAAAUAAGAAGCAAUACAUGUUACUGCUGUGAUUUGUAUAAUUGUGGGAGAAUUGGAAACUCUGGCCUCUACUAUGAAUACAUUGAUGUAAAAAGCUGCCAAGAUGUUGUGCAUCUCUACCACUUGCUGUGGUCAGUAACCAUCCUGAACAUAGUGGGUCUGUUCCUCGGGAUCAUCACCGCCGCAGUACUCGGAGGAUUCAAGGAUAUGAAUCCUGCACUUCCUACCAUAAGUUGUAUUGCCGAGACCCCGCGCCCUACAGUACAGUACAACACAAGACCACCCGUGCCAUCCUAUAAUACUUACUAUCACAGCACUCCUCACUUGCCACCUUACACUGCCUAUGACUUACAGCAUUCCAGUGUGUUUCCAGCUUCAACACCUUCUGGCUUGUCAGAUGAUCCCAAUGCACAGGCUUCAAGCUUCAUGUGGCCAGCCAACGCUCCCCCUCGCUAUUCUCCCCCGUACUUCCCUCCUGAUGAAAAGCCACCGCCAUACACUCCAUGACCCUUACCCAUAAAGUUCCAUCUCAGCAGAGGUUUAAGCGUACAGCCGCCAAAUAUUGUAAAUUUUUGUAUGAUACACAUUUGGAAAUCUCGCGACUGAACUGAGAUUGUAGGAAGAAUAUAUAUACACAUAUAUAUAUAUACUAGAUGUGGGCAGGAUACCCCAGGUGUGACACCAACACUGAAAUGAUCACCUUUGCCAAACCUAAGUUAGGGCAUAUUGUCAUUUUAUUCUGAUAUAUUAAAUUGUGAGCGAGGGCUAAGCCACAUGGGUGACUUUGUUUUGCAGCAUUUAAGUACCAUAAAUUCCGCCAAGAUAAACUACAUACAUGCAUCUUUGUCGUUUGUGGCGGAGACAAAAAAAAAAAGUUCUAAUUAUUUCCAAUGGAAAUGCUUCUUUGUAAAAUAUUCAAAAGUUUCUUUGUGGUUGCGCCUUUUAUCUUAGAAGCUAAAAAUAACGGAAAGGUAGAAAUGAAAGCUGCAACGACAAAAAUCACAAAUACUGUGUCUCAUCGCAGGAACUUGGAAAAAAAAAAUACAGCAACAACUGAAUCACCUGUGCAGCUUUGCCUUUAAAGUGUAAGAAACUCUUCCUUUAUAUGUGAAUAAACAUGCACUGUUAGUAUAGUUCCUAGCAAAUGUAGGCUAAACAUUUUAUUAGUUGUGUGUUUUGUGACUCGCCUGUUUUCAGGCCAUGGUGCCACACUUACUUGCCUGCUUUCAAGAUGGCACCUAGUCAGCUUUGCGCCAUUCUGCCCUUUGACACCAGCACAGUACGAAGUGAAAUGGUAGUGAAGGAAGAGCUUGCAAGGUAACCCUACAAACAUGUGUACUAUAUUAUGUACCCUCUCACACACACACACACACACAUGUCAUACACAGGCUUCAGCAAUGCAAGUCACCGAUUAGUGUGAGUAAUAAACACAUUUGUGAGUGUCUUUAUAUUUGGGGGGGUUGGGGGAGACGGAAUUCCCGGGAUUCUCAUGCAAAUCUGCUUUACUAAUGAGUGAGUUUCAGGUUUCCUAUCCCUUUAUGAAACAUUGGUGCUUCCCAACUGUGCUACGACUUUCUGACUUGUUUGACAAAAAACGGCUUCUGUACAUUAGCACUGUGACUAAACAUCUACAUCCAUUGUAGUAUAUUGUACUGAAUGUUAUUUAUUUCAAAUAAUAUUUAUUGUACUUCAAAGGGGUGGGCUGGGGGGGUGUAGGAGAAAUAACAACACAGUGCAUUCUGCAACAGUACAGUAUAUAAGAAUAGAUUUACCAAACUGUGAACAAAAAUUAAACAUGACUUUUCUUA